GGGAGCGGCACGGGCGGCGCUGGGAGCGAGCCGCCCGCAGCUUCCCGGCGAAAGAGCAGCUCAGGGAAGGGCGUUGUGAGAACAGGCUUGCGCGGGUGCUAAGGGCGUCUCUCCUGUGCCCGCAGGUGUGGGAGCAGCCCGGUGCCGCGGUCCCGGCAUGGCUGCCGCGCUGCCUCCCGAUGCGCUGGGCCGGCGGGUCGCCUGUGGCACCGACUAUGGGACUGUGCGCUAUGUGGGCAGCGUGUCUCCUACUGCAGGAAUUUGGCUUGGUGUGGAAUGGGAUGAUCCUCAGAGGGGAAAGCAUGAUGGCAGCUAUGAAGGAACACAGUAUUUUAAGUGCAGGCAUCCGAAAGGAGGAUCAUUCAUCCGGCCCAACAAGGCAAAUUUUGGAGUAGAUUUUCUUACUGCAGUAAAGGAUCGGUAUGGAUUGAAUGAUAAGCAGGAUGUUCAGUGUGGGACAGGGAAUACAGUGGUAUUUGGAACGAAGACUGUGGAAUUUGUUGGCAUGGAUUCUGUUGCAGAACAGCAAAGACAACUGAACAAACUGGUGGAUAUCUCGGUGCGUGAGUGUGCAGUGAGCCAUGCUGGUCAGGAAGAGGAAAUCAGCAGAACGUGUGCCAAUAUGAGGCAUAUAAAUCUAUCAAAAAAUCUGAUAUCAUCUUGGGAGACAGUAGUAGCUAUUGCUUCUCAAGUUCAAAAUCUGCAAACACUUAAUGUCAGUGAAAACAAAAUGAGAUUUCCAUCUACAUCAACUUUUACAUCCAGCGCAUUUUCAAACUUGAAGAUUCUGGCCCUUAAUCAAACUGAAAUAACAUGGACAGAGGUUCUUCUUUGUGCUCAAGGAUGGCCAGUACUUGAAGAGUUGUACCUUUCUUCUAAUGAUAUUACAGUUUUGGAAAGGCCUGAUAAUGUCCUGCAGACCCUGAAGUUGUUAGACCUUUCAGACAACCAGCUACUGGAUGGAAAUCAGCUGCAUCUCAUAGCACAGCUCCCCAGAUUAGAACAGCUAAUACUUAGAAACACUGGGAUAUCUUCUAUACACUUUCCUGAUGCUGGAUUUGGAUGCAAAACUAAAAUGUUUCCUUCACUAAAACGCCUUGCAAUAAAUGACAAUAAAAUAUCACAGUGGUCAUCUAUCAAUGAGCUUGAUAAACUGCCAAGUCUGCGGGCACUGCAGUGUAACAAUAACCCCUUGAUGGACACAGAGAAGAACCCAGAGACCCUGAAGCAGCUCAUUAUUGCCAAGAUAAGUCAGUUGGAGGUUUUGAACAACUGUGAGAUCCUUCCUGCGGAAAGGAGAGGAGCAGAGCUUGAUUAUCGCAAAAUAUUUGGAAAGGACUGGCUAGAAGCUGGUGGGCAUUGGAACCCAGAGAAAAACAAACCAAGUGAAGAAUUUCUUGCUGCCCAUCCCAGAUACCCUACACUUUGUCUUAAAUAUGGAGCACCUGAAGAAGGAGAACUGAAGAGACAACAGCCUUUGACUCUGAAAAAUCAGCUCCUGACUUUGACAAUUAAAUGUCCUGAGAAACCUGAACAGAAGCCAGUGGAGAAAAAACUACCAGAGUCUAUGACCAUUCAGAAGGUCAAAGGACUGCUGUAUCGCCUAUUUAAAAUUCCUGGUUCAGACCUGAAACUGUCCUACAAAAGUUCUAAAUUGGAAGGAAAAGAAGUUGAACUGGACAAUGACUUAAAGCCUUUGCAGUUUUACUCAAUAGAAAGUGGAGACUGUGUGUUAGUACGGUGGUAAGAGGGGACUCUCUUGCUGGACUGAAGGAAAAACUGACACAAGAACUGCAGAAGAGAGACAGACACACAGACAGCCUCUGCCUGAACAUACAGGUGAAUAUGAGUUUCACACACAUGGCACCAAAGGGCUUCACAACUGUACUUUCAGCUCCUCAACUUGCUUAUCAGCCUCCAUAAAAACAUCUGCUCAUUUGUCCUCCUGGAGAAUACCAAAUAGUGCUUAAAUGCUUCAAUUAAAUAAAACUCAAGGUCACCCUUUUGCCAAGAUUU